AUGGCCUCUCCAAAACUCCCCACCAGAAAGCUGGGAAAGGAUGGUCCUGAAGUCACCGCCCUUGGCUUUGGUGCCAUGGGUCUGAGUGCUUAUUAUGGCCCUCCCAAGCCUGAUGAAGAGCGCCUUGCCAUGCUCGACCAUGUCUAUGCCUCGGGCGAACGUUUCUGGGACAGCGCAGAUAUCUAUCUUGACAACGAGGAUCUACUGGGAACGUGGUUCAAGGCCAAUCCAGGGAAGCGUGAGACCAUCUUCCUUGCGACCAAAUUCGCCAACUAUGUCGACCCCGUCACCAAGCAGCGUAAGGUCAGGAAUGAUCCAGAGUACAUGAAGGCAUGCAUCGAAAAAUCUUUGAAGCGACUUGGGGUCGAUCAUGUUGAUCUCUACUAUGCCCACAGAAUCCAGGCCGACCAACCCAUUGAGGUCACGAUCAAAGCCAUGAAAGAGCUUCAGGACGCCGGCAAGAUUCGACACAUCGGCCUCAGUGAAUGCAGUGCCGAUACGCUGAGAAGAGCGAGUAAGGUAGCUCAUAUCGCUGCCAUCCAAGUGGAAUACAGCCCCUGCGCCUUGGAAAUUGAAGAUCCUCAAUUUGAUGUUUUGAAGGCUGCACGAGAGACUGGCACCGCCAUUGUGGCAUACUCUCCCUUGGGCCGUGGCUUCUUCACGGGUUCCAUCAAGUCGCGAGAUGAUUUCGAAGAAGGAGACUUCCGAUUAUACGCGCCACGAUUCAGCGAAGAGAACUUUGCCAGCAAUCUCAAGUUGGUGGAUGAAUUCGUCGCUUUGGCAAAGGAAAAGGGCGUCACCCCAGGCCAACUGGUCCUCGCAUGGCUCAUGGCUCAAGGUGAUGACAUCAUUCCAAUCCCUGGAACCACGAGAAUCAAAAAUUUUGACGAAAACAUGGGUGCUCUCAAAGUCAAUGUCACCAAGGAAGACAAUGAUAGAAUUCGCAAAGCGAUCUCAAAGGUUGAGAUCAAAGGCGGAAGAUACCCCGAAGCAUUCGCUAGUGCUCUAUAUGUGUCGACCGUUCCCCUCAAAUAG